AUGUCGGUUGAUGCCCUUUCUCGCCUCACCCUCUUGAAGCUAGCCUACAACUCCGAAGCCCUUCAGCAUUCCUCAUACAGCGCCGCUCACACAAGUCACGUUGACGAGGUUAGGCUGUUUGGUGUUGUAGUUCCCGUACUCACAACAAGCCAAGAAGGAGUGACUUCCUCACCUAGAGAUGAGCGAUUGCCCUUCGAUCUGAGGCAGACACCACCAGAUCAGCGUGUUUACUCAAAAGGAAUCCAUCGCUCUCAUCAUCCUUUCCUUUCUUCACCGCAGCCCCGGUCUGUCAACACAUACAAACAACCUCAAAGCCUCAAAAUGAAGCUCAUCGUCUUCCUCUUCCUCCUCGCUCCCGUCCUCGCAGAGCUCGCUGGCGGGUCUGAAGUCCUCCAGCAGUCAACGUCCGGCGUCACCCGGCGCCCUACAAAAUGGGCCGGCGACAUCGAGGUGUCCCCCGAAGCACCCGUCUACGUCGGAGAUGACCUCCUGGAGGCACUCGCGGCUCUGCAGAAGGAGCUUGCGGACAUCAAGGUCGCCGCGGAGUCAGUCGACGAGAGGGCGGGCAAGGUCCAGGGCUUGCUCGUUGCUGGCGUGGUGUGUGUGGUGGGCUGGAUGCUCUCGCGUUCUGGCUCAUGGUGUUCUUCUGGAGGACGGGGGGGUUGUAGUCGCCAAAAUCCAUCAUCCUGA